GUGAUUGGAUCAUCCAUUUUGUUGAUCAAACUCUGAAGUCACAUGUUCGCACUAAGCGAAUUUUCUUUGUGUCUUACUUCAGGUUAAGUCCGUGAAAGUGGAUUUUUAACCAAGUAGUUUAAAUUGUUACUUAUAGUUAGAUUAACGUAAGUUAAUUGUUGCCGGUUAUCCAUUUGCAGACGGUAAUUAUCUUCUACUAAGUAUCAAAAUGAACGCUGAAAAAUUGAAAAAACUUAGCGACCAGGUGCGAAUAGGCGGCAAAGGCACACCACGACGAAAGAAGAAGGUUGUCCAUACAACAGCAGCCACAGAUGACAAAAAACUCCAAAGUACUCUUAAAAAAUUGACUGUCAACACAAUUCCUGGAAUUGAAGAAGUAAAUAUGAUCAAAGAUGAUGGUACUGUGAUACACUUUAACAAUCCAAAAGCACAAGCUUCGCUUGCAGCAAAUACUUUUGCUAUUACGGGGCAUGGUGAUACAAAAACAAUGUCCGAACUACUGCCCGGUAUAUUAAAUCAGUUGGGCCAUGAAGAAAUUGGACAGCUGAAGCGUUAUGCCAGUGGGUUUGCUAGUAAUAAUCUCAUUAGUAAAUCAUUAAUUGAAGAUGAUGAUGAAGUACCGGAUUUGGUCGGUAACUUUGAUGAUGCCAGCAAAGAAGAAGUUGUAGCAAAAGGAUCGUCAGAAGAAAAGACCGACAGUACUGAGAAAUCUGUUGUCGAAGAAAAUGCAGAGAGCUCAAAGAAGGAAUAAUAAUUGGAUUGGUGGUGACUAAAACAACAACACAUAUUGAGAAAAUUAAUAAUUUGCAGUAGUGACCAUAUUCAAUCAUAACUAUAUAAAAAAAAAAAAAAACAAUAGUAUUCGAUUCCAAGAAUAAAUAUCUGUAAAUUUGAAAAUUCAUUAAUACUUCAUUCACUUGUAAAUCACUUUAUAUAUUUUGUUCGGUGUACUUUUUUUUGCUAAGUAUAAAUAAAAUAUACUAUUAUUACCUAAAAUUGGGUUUAAUUUAA